AUGAUUCGUUUGCUUUUCAACACUCCUGUCGUCGUGCCUAUCACGCUUUGCAAGGGGAAUUUCUCCGGAUAUGAUCAAUUGCAGCUCUCCGAUGAGCCAAAUGAGUGCUUUAUUCGGGAUUCAAAAGGGCGACGAAGACUACGAAAGAUACGUGACUCUUCUGUACCUCAACUUUUCCUCAAAACGGACACCAUUCGCGAGGUGAUGAUCGUUGUGAAAGAGGUUGACGUUGAGAAAUUGACACUGCGGGAAACAAGCUAUUCACCUUUCACCCCGGGCGGUUAUUUGAGUUCAUUCUUGGAGAAAUCUCUAUCGAAAAUGGGAUCGGUGAAGACGUUGAAUGUUCAUAUUGAUAUGAUGAUUGAGAAUUUCAAGAAUAUAUGUCUCCCCUGCCCGAUGGAAGAUCUUUUCUUCGCUUUGGAGCACUUGAGUGGCGCCUCUUUUGAGACAUUUAUACAAAUUUCUCUGUGCUGUGCUGAGUUCAACGAAUCGGAUGUGUUUACGAGAAAUUUCUUGAUCUCAGGCAUGGAAAAAGCGUUGAAAGCCGCACAUCAACGAGAGGCCGAGGGGCAAUUCGUCGUUGAGCCGCUUGAGGGCUACGUCGACAUCACCGUUCAAAAGGGGAAUGUCGAGUACUCGUUUGCUUUUUUCUAUUACAAUCCAUCAAUUUGUGAUGCAACUGAAGAUGAUGUUGAUGAGGGAAAUGAAGAAAAUGGAGAGAAUGAAGAGAAUGAAAAAAAUGAAGAGGAUCUCGAUUCCCUAAGCUCCCUAAAAGCUCCAAUUGCUCAAUGCUCCUUGAAAACGUUGGGUAAACGGGAAAACGAUUCUCCGAGUUUGACUCCCUCAAAGAAAUCCCGGCUUGAUGAAGAGCUCAAGUUG